AAGGGAGAAAGAAAAGGGUGAGUGAAGAGAUGGUUGUGCCACGUGGGACGUUACCUGGCGUACAGCCUUGGCAUGGCAUGGUAUCAUUCCAAAAAAAUUCCAUUUGCGUUUGGGCUAUGCCUCUCCUCCUCUUCUUCUUCUCCUUCUUCUUUACCUUCAAUUUCUCCAAUUCUUCUUGAAUUUUUAGAUUAGCCCAUAUUCUCGUUCAUUCCUUUCAUAAAUAUACAGAAAGCCUCACCCAAUCAAGCAGAGAGAGAAAACAUUAAAUAAAUAAGUUUUUUCCCCUACAAUCCCCAUUUUUCAGGUGGAGAAUCAAUCUGUUGCUGGUAUUAAAAUUAGUGAACUUGGAAAUUUGGUUGACAAAUUGGUAGAGUUUCGAUUAUGUUUUACAUGGUGUGAGCUGAAAAGCGAAAACCUUCCCAUGUGUAAUAAGGGAAUAGUUGAUCAUCAACAGCAGCAUAAUAAUCAAGCUGUGUAUUUGAUGGAUUCACCUUCAUCAACCCCGGUGUCUGCCCUGGCUUCUUCCACCCCUAGUUCCAAUGAUGAUCCCCCGCGUCUAAAAUUCUUGUGUAGCUUCUUAGGUAGCAUUUUGCCUCGACCACAAGAUGGGAAAUUGAGGUAUGUUGGUGGAGAAACGCGAAUUGUAAGUCUGCCGAGAGAUAUUAGUUAUGAGGAGUUGAUGAAUAAGAUGAGGGAGCUUUAUGAUGCAGCAGCGGUUUUGAAAUAUCAGCAGCCUGAUGAGGAUCUUGAUGCUUUAGUGUCAGUUGUGAAUGAUGAUGAUGUGACUAACAUGAUGGAGGAGUAUGAGAAGUUGGGUGCAGGCGAUGGGUUCACUAGGCUUAGGAUUUUUCUAUUUUCUCAUCCUGACCGAGAAGGUUCAUCACACUAUGUUGAUGGGGAUGAGAGGGAGACUGAGAGGAGGUAUGUGGAUGCUUUGAACAGUUUAAAUGAGGGUUCUGAUUUUAAGAAGUGCGACUCUCCUGUGAUGGCUCCAGUUUCUGAUGAUAUUCAUUUAGCUGAACAAUUCUUUAACGGUGUGAGUGUUGAUGGUAGCCUUCAUAGCCAGAGGAAUGCUGAGAUGUUGGUGCCGCCUUAUAACUUGCAUCAUCUUAAUAUUCCUCAAAUGGGAUCCGGGCAACUACUGCCACCAGUUCCUCAGAGGUACAAUGAAAUGGAAGGUACAUGGAGUCCUGCUUACUAUUCUCCUAGGCAUCAUGGGCACCAUGAUCCCAGAACGCUAUCAGAGUUUCCGCCUUCACCCUCUUCAUCUCGUUACCGAGUACCGUUUCCAGAAUUAGCAGACAAAUGCCUGGACAGAUUGCCUGAGGAAUAUGUGAGGCAGCAAUUAAGUCAUCAUCCCCAAUAUGAGCACCAGCCGCAGUUUUCAGAUAAUGUAAUAUGGAUGCCAACUGCAGCUAUACCUGGUAAUAAGCCUGCUGGUUUUCCCAGUAAUAUACUUCAUGGUCAUAGUGUUUAUGAGGGGAACCACAUCUGUGAGCACUGCAGGGCUACUUUCAGCAGAAAUCAAACGCCACUUUUGGAACAUUCUAUCAUGGGAAAUGGAGUUCCUCAGGUUAAUAGUCCAUGUCCGGAAUGCCCACCAAACCAUGAAGCUUUCAUGCUGAAUGCAGAUGGAAAAUUGCAGCAUGGGUUUUAUUCCAAGGAUCACACUGAUCCACGUUCUGCUUAUGGUGAAACACAUAGUCAUGAUAGAGGACGGGUUUUGCAGAACCAAUUGAAUCCUUGUGUUGAGGAAGCUAGAAAUCACGUACCUGGAGCUGGAAGAUUGAAUGACCACUAUGUUCAUGAUGGUGCUGGCAUGAAUUUACCUCUUGGGCACGCUAGUUUAGCUGAUGGCCAUCAUUUGCCUUCAAAUUAUGUUCAUCACCAAACUGUAUCUGAAUUGGGGAACGAAGUGUUUCACGAUCAAGCUGUGGUUGCUUCACCCCACCUUCACAUUCCUCCUGAAGAACGUGGAGUCCGCUAUGGGAAUUAUCCUUACCCUUAUGGUGGAGAUAAUGUUUACCAAGUGCCACAGGGACAUUUACAUGGGCAGUCUGUGUGGAGAAAUGUUCAGAACCCAACUCAGGGUGCCCCUGCUUAUGAAACAUCUGGCUUACCCGAACAGGUAAAUGGUGCAUGUAACCCAGCAAUUUUGAAAGGUGUGGUCGAAGGUAGUUCAAUACAUUGUGUAACAGAUGGUCAAAAUCCUUGGGUUGAGUCUUCACAAAAGAUGCUGGGUUUUAAUGCGACUGGUGUUCCAGACAAUGCUUAUGCUCAUACUCUUAAGAUGAACAUUAGUCCUCAUGAUCUGAAAACUCAAUGCUCUAUCACUAUGGAACCAAUUCGAUCCCCACAAGACAUGCUAAAUGUUGCCCUUUCCCCAGAACCUGUUCAGUCUCCAGAACAACCUACAACUUUAAUUCAUGAUAAACAUGUUUCCAGUAACAAUCCUAGAUCACUAGAUAAUUCUAAUGCCACUUGGGCAUUGAGGACUGAGGAGAAAAUUGUUGCCAUGGAAGAUAAAGAAGCAAAUAAUGCAGUGAAGGUGGAAAAUUUUGAGGUUCCAAGUAUUCUCUGCACAGAGCAAAACAAAAUUACUGAAAAUGAAUCUAAAACAGCAUUGGUUGAGACUAGCAUUUCAAGUUGCAAAAAAUUUGCUGAAGAGGAUGGUGAGCAGGCAAAACCUGGUGAAAAAGAUCCUAGUGCUGCGGAAAAUUCAAAGCUAUCUGUAAACCAUUUGAGUUUCAUACCACAGUUUGUUGCUUCAGUUAAAAAAGCAGCUUUAGAAGAGGUUGAAGAAGUAAAAGUCAAAGUUCAAGAGGGUGCUUCUAUGAAGCAUGAAGCAGUUCAAGGAGAAGUGGCUGAAAAUGAAUCAGAAUCAGUGAAUGCCCAGGGUGAGUUGGAACUGGAUCCUGAUAAUGACAACAUAUCCCCGUCCAAAAUUGAGCCGACAAAGGCCGAGGCUGAAGCUAUUGCACGAGGCUUACAGACGAUAAAGAACGAUGAUCUAGAGGAGAUCCGACAAUUAGGCUCUGGAACAUAUGGGGCAGUUUAUCAUGGGAAAUGGAAAGGUUCUGAUGUAGCAAUCAAGAGAAUUAAAGCCAGCUGCUUUGCAGGGAAGCCUUCUGAAAGAGAACGAUUGAUUGCAGAUUUCUGGAAAGAAGCUUUGAUAUUGAGUUCAUUACAUCAUCCGAAUGUUGUUUCUUUCUAUGGCAUAGUUCGUGAUGGUCCUGAUGGAUCCUUAGCUACUGUUACUGAAUUCAUGGUUAAUGGAUCCUUGAAGCAGUUUUUACAGAAGAAGGACAGGACUAUUGAUCGUCGUAAGAGACUCAUCAUAGCCAUGGAUGCUGCAUUUGGAAUGGAGUAUUUGCAUGGAAAAAACAUUGUACAUUUUGAUUUGAAAUGUGAAAAUCUGUUGGUAAAUAUGAGAGAUCCACAGCGUCCAGUGUGCAAGAUUGGUGAUUUGGGCUUGUCAAAGGUCAGACAACAUACAUUAGUUUCGGGAGGUGUUCGUGGAACUCUACCCUGGAUGGCACCUGAGCUUUUGAGUGGUAAAAGUAACAUGGUAUCUGAAAAGAUUGAUGUCUACUCUUUCGGCAUUGUUAUGUGGGAGUUGCUGACUGGUGAAGAACCUUAUGCAGAUAUGCAUUGUGCUUCUAUAAUUGGGGGAAUUGUAAACAACACAUUACGUCCAAAAAUACCAUCAUGGUGCGAUCCCGAAUGGAAGGCAUUGAUGGAAAAGUGUUGGGCCUCUGAUGCUGCAGAGAGGCCUCCAUUUUCAGAAAUAUCUCAGAGGCUGAGGAGCAUGGCUGCUGCUAUAAACGUAAAAUAAAGGCAAUCCUGAAGUAGGCCAUCAUCAUAUCAUACGGUGGAAAACAAAAGUAAGGCAUCCAGUUACUGCAGCUUUGGUCAUCUACCGGUUAGUCUAAUAAUACACUACACUAAGAUACGAUACGUAUGCCUUUGGUUCUGCUGUAAUGGAUCUCUUGUAGUACUGCAACAAGUUGUUUCAAGAGUGCAAAUGUAGACACCCAAGGUUGGGUUUGUACUCACCCUCAGGGAGGCUACAUGAUUGGUACAAAUAGGAUAGGGGAGCCAUGAAAGUUAGAACUGGGAUUUGAUGCGAGUUUCAACAGGUUUUAAUCUUAUAUAAAUCUUUUGCACAAAAAUGGUUUCUCAUCAUUUUUAACAGGCUUCAAAUUGAGCAAUCAGGAAUUUGCUAGUUUAAACGCAAUCACGAUGGCAGUACUACAAGUGAAUGCAUCUCUGUUCUGUUUUUGAAUAUAUUUAUGUAAAGCUUAUGGUAAGUAAUAAUGCAUGGCACUUGCAUGCUUAAGAUAAAUUAGGAUCAAAUUUUGUUAUUAUUAUAUUACUAUUAUUAUCAUCAUUAUUAAAAGGUUAGAUGGUGUAAAAAUUGGGUUCUCAGUUCAGCAUUGCACACGAGUUCCUGUUUCUGUAAUUAAUCUACUAUAUCUUUGUUCAUUAAUUUUGAUUAACUGAAACAUUGUGCUAGAUUCUUUUUAAUAAAGGGAAUGGGUAGGGGAUGUUCAAGAUUGAA